UACAACCAAUAUCGUCUGUUAGUCGUGCGAUAUUUUGGUGAUGGUCUCUUUAGUUCGCUGUAUUUGCUUGCGUUGGCAGCUCGCGUUUAAUUCGACGGUUGGCAGGCCUCCGUAUUUUUGUAGUCACUUUCUCAGUCAUUCAUUCUUCAUACGUUCGUUUGCCUUCGUCUCUCUCGAUUUUUGAAGUAGUAGUGAUUUCUUUUUAUAACAAUCUCAAAUAUAUACAUAGUAUAUAUAGCAAGAGCGAUUAUAUAUAUACCAAUAAUUUAGUGCAACACAUUUACAUAAAUAUUAAGCAUCCAAUUUAAAUGCAAGUGCAAUCCAAAUUCAAUGGCACUUUCGUAAAAGUAGCUUUUUACGUAAAAAGACACAUAAAAAAACGGCGCGUGUGAAAAUUUUCAACAACGACGUAGCAGUCAGCAGAGGCAGUCUCAGUCUGUCUCGCCUCUACGUUUCUUUGCUGCAAAAGGAGAAGCUGAGCAACAACACAACUACAACAAAAUUCCCCACACACAAAGUGUAUCUCUCCCUCUCUCUCUUUCAUUUUAUUAUUCUUAAUAGCGGUGCAUAAGUGAAGCAAAUGUACACGAAGAGGCAACCGCUGACGACGCGCAGCGACGUCGGCUCUGCAGGACAGGUUUAUCAGGGCAAAAAUUUCACAAAAAGAUACUGAGCCGCAUAUAUGCAUUCACCCUGUAUUUUGCAAAGUGCGUGCUUGUGUGUGUGUAACAACUAUGUGUGCAACAAUAACAAAAACAACAACAACAACGACUAACAUAGCAGCACGAGAAAGCAAAGUGAAAUUUAUUAAAACAACAACAACAACAACACGCAAUACCAAUUCAAAACCGUUAUUCAACAAUUUCUUGAAAUAAGUGAAAGAAGGCAAAUACUGGUUUUUAUAUACACAUAUACACACACAUAUGUAUGUGCAUGUAUAUUUUAAUGUUGAAAGAAACAACAACAACAACAAAAAGAGCAGCAACAACUAAAAAGUUGCUGUGCGAGAAAUUUUUACGUGUAUUACCAGCGUGUGUGUGUGUGUACUUGCACGUGUAUGCGUGGUGUCUUCAAACUGUGUGUGAGAAAAUAGUAAAACAACAAAGUGAAAAGCAAUGCUAAAAGGAAUUAAAACAACAACAACAACAUCCCCGUUAACGGUACCAAACAAUUACACAAAACGUGAACGAAACGUGAAAUAACAGUAAAAGUCUUUUCAAAAAAGCUUCAGAGAGCGCAACAAAAGCAACACGCGUGGGUGUCAACGUCACACGCACACACGCUCAAGCAACAGCAGCAGCGGCAGCAGCACCACCACCAAAGGGGUGGCUGCAGGGAACAAAGGCAGCGCCCGGCUCUGCCACUCAGCUUUACAAUUGAGCAUAUUUUCAAGGGCUCCAACAAGCGCGCGCUGCGUUUUAAUUUAAAUUAUUGGAGAUGCUGAAUGUGGGCAAUAUUUUCAAUAGGUGUUCCAAAAUCAUUGGACUAUAAGUCACAAAGUUACAAUGGACCCAAACAGGCAUAACGAAUAUCAAACGCAUCAUCAUCAAUCUCCCCACCCACUGCAACACCUGCAGCAUCAGCAUGUGCAUGCGUAUCCACAACAUGCAGUGCAUAACCACAUACACCACCAACAACAACAACAACAACAACAGCAACAGACACCACCUGCAGCAGCACCACAACAACAACAGCAGCAGCAGCAGCAGCAGCAACAACAACAACACCUGCCACCUCAUCCGCAUUACCAACCGAGCGGCAACAGCUCGAACUUCAGCAGCCAACAGUCAAUCAAUUACCACAGCGCACAGCCAGCGGAUGCGGAACGCUCCCGUGCCGCCGGGAUUUAUGCGAUGAGUGGACGUGGAGCUGCUGGCAAUGGCGGUGCUGCUGGUGGAGCAGCAGCAUCUGUUAUGCCGCCAACAGGUGCUGCUGCCUCUGCAACAUCUGGUGGCGAUCCUCAUCUGCAAUACUACACCUCCAAUCGCGAAUUGAGCGUCGGCAAGAGGUCCGUCGAGGCGACACCUCAUCCCUGCUGGCAGUACAAGACGGCGGUGCAUGUCGCCUCCAACCAGCCAACAGGCGCCGCGCCCGUGCCCGUGCCGCGGCACCACAGCAGCGCUCUGUACAACGCGCCCUACUGGCCGCCGCAGGAUGAGAAGCAGCAGCAGCAGUCGCAGUCGCAUUUGGUGCAUCCGCAACAGCAACCGCGUUUGAGCUACGGCAAAUCGCAUGCCACAACCUGUCCGAGUGCAAUCAGCAGCAGCGGGAACGGGAAUGGGAGCGGAAGCCAGCGCUACUACGAGGACAACAGCAAGUACUCGGCGACAGUGUCGGGCGCCAAGCUGGUCAGCUAUGCGCCCGAGGCAGGCGCUCGCUACGAGCCAAUGGAUCAUGUGGUGAAUCCCAGCAACGCGUUGCUGGGCACCGGCGAUCAGCAGCCUAGUCCCAACUAUGCGCGCAAGUGUCCGCAGCAUUACGAGCCGCCAACCGAGCAGCGCAGCGCCAUCAAUCAUCAUCUGACGCCGCCGCAGCCAGCACAGCCUCCUCAACAACAACAACAGCAGCAGCAGCAUCAGAGUCUGUACAUGCCACCAAAUUUUCAAAAUACCGUGCAUAAUGCGAUUGAAAAAUAUGUGCGAGAGACGGCGCCGGCGCCCAAUUUGGAUUAUAGACGCACUGGCGCCAACUUCUCACGGCCCACAGUCAAUUACUACGGUGCAACAGGUGGCAACGGCAGCAACAGCAGCAGCAGCGUGGCAAGCGCCAAAUUGGAGGCAGAGCCUCCGGCUCUGACGCGUGCAUCGCUCUAUCAUAAUCCUUACAAUCCGGCUGCGGCUGCGCCGCCCUCGCGUCUGGAACAGGAGCAGUCAUCGGCUGCGGUCAGUUCACGUGAUCCGUCGCCUGCCUUGGCGCACGCCUAUCCCACCAAGUAUGGCAAACUCUUGCCGCAGCAGCAUGGAACGCCGCCCGCGCCGCCGCUUCCAUUGGCCGCUGACAUACAAAGACGCAGUUCCUUUAGCUCCGCGCCCAGCUAUGCCUCGUACUAUCAUCACGGCACGCCGUCCCCAGCCGCUGCCCAGGUGGCCUCGCCCACGCCGGCCCAGCAGCUGUACAAUCAUACGCCGCCGCCGCCGCCGGCCACGAGCGGCACAGCAACCGCCUCGAAUUACUCCACGCUGCAGGUGUAUCCGCACGGGCCGGACAUCUGCUGUCAGCCGCCGGCGGCUGCCAAAUCAGCUCUGCCCUCGGCUGCCAAGAAAAGCGCUGCCACUGUGAAGCCCAACUAUCGGGCGCUGAUCAACGACAUGCUCAAGCGCAAUACGACCAGCGAGGAGGAGCUCAAUCUGCAGAUUAUCAAGAAGACGCUCAAAAUGGAGACGGCCGGAAGUCGUCGCCAGUCGCCAGUCACAAUUACAGUUCCUCCUUUGCCAGCGCCCGUUAUACAGCAGGUGCCGCUGCCACUGCCACAGGCUCAGCCGCAGCCCCUGCCUUUGCCGUUGCCCACCCCGCCUGCCGCCCAUUCACCGCUGGACCUGUCCAUGCGCACAAUCAAACAAACCGCCGACUCCACAGACUACAAAUAUCAGCGCACGCUGACGGAGUCCACGGCCACGCCCCUGCCCGGCACAGGUCUGGGUCUGCCUCGCAUUGAUAUAACGCCAAACUUUGCGCGCAGCAACCGAACUGCACCCGGCACGCCGGCAGCGGCGACGGCUGUGAUACGCCAGGCACCGGCGAGUACGGCUGCUGCCUCACCUGAGGCCACGCCCAUGCUGAUCAAGGCGGCGCAGCAGUUGCGUCCCAGCGUACUGGAAACGAAUCCGUUUGCCAAGCGACCGCAACUGCCGCCCGAGACGAGUAUCAGGCCGUUGCCCAAAGCAUUGCCCACGCCCAGCACAACCGAACCGGGAGCAGGAACAGGCACGGGCACGGCCGCCCUGGCGGUCACAGCGAGUGGCCACAACAGCAGCAACCCCAACUAUCUGGGACGCAAGCGGCAUCUGCAAGAGUACAAUCAGGCGACGGCUGCGGCGGCGGCAGCAGCAGCUGCGGCAACAGCAGCGGCAGCCAAGCAAACCCGGCUGGAAACGACGCCUCAGGUGGCAACUGGCAUGGCCGCUUCUGUGCCGGUCAUAGCCAUCAAUGAGCAGGCCGCGGUCGCCAAGCGCUUGGAGCAGACGGCCACGACGUCGGGUAGUCGCAUCAUUGUCUGUCCACAGCCCAAACAGGAGCCGAUGCUGGUGCCGAAGACAGAGCCACGCAUACGCACCAAGGCGGAGCUGAAGGGAUUCACCUUCACCCCGCCCGUGCUGGCUCUGGCUAGUUCAACGACAACAACAACAGCAACUCCCGUUGCACCAACCGCAGCUGCUGAAUCCACAGCAGUAGCUCCGGCAGCUGCUCUACCAUCUGCGCCACAUCCCAGUCAGCAGACAAAUCACAUACAAAUCAAAUUGGAGCCAACGCCCACGCCGGAGCUCGAGCUGGAGGAUGCCAGCCCGACGAGCUUCAACAGCAAUAGCCUCUUGGACUGGGGCAGCACCUGCAACAAUCUCGUCGAGCAGCUGCUGACCACAGUGAUGCCCGUCAAGACAAACUCCGUCCAAUCAGCUACGUCAGCCAACGAAAGCGUUUCAUCUGCCUUUCUGCCCACCAGCCGCAUCAAGCUGGAGCUGAGCGAGGAUGAUCUGCCCGUGGCGCGCAUACUGAAGCGUCAGCCGUUGCCGGCGGACGUCGAGUCGGCGGCAACAACAACCACACAGGUGACCAACACGACCACCACGAAUGGCAACGUGUUCGGCGGAGCCCAAAAGAAGCUGAGCAAGUCGGACCGCGAGAAGAAGCGACUGAUGCAGGAGCAGCGCAUAGCGGCACGGCUGGCCCCGACGGCGGGCCAGAGCAGCAGCUCCGAGAGCGACACCACCGAGCUGCACAGGCGCAAGACGGCCAGGCAAAAGAAGCCUCUGAUGCGCAAGGGCAAGCCGCGUCGCUCGGACGAGCAGGAGAAGCAACUCCAGCAGCGGGAGCAGCAGAGCAGCGAUGAGGAGCAGGACCAGGACGGAGCCAACAGCUCCAGCGAGGCAAAGAACUGCAUAAAGAACCUGGCCAAGAAGACGAGGAUAGCCACAGCUAAGGAAAACAAAGUGCAAUAUACAAGUGGAAAGUGCAAAAAGAAGAUGGGCGAAAAGCAGCGCGAGAAGGAGCAGGAGCAGGAACAGGAGCUGGAGCAGGAUGAGAAGAGCAGCUCGAGCAAAGCCAGCAAUAGCGAUGAGGAGCAAGAACAGCAGCAGGAAGAGCAAGACGAUGAAGAGGACGAAGAGGAUGACGAAGAAGAGGAAGACGAAGAGGACACCGAUAUGGCGGAGGCUAAGGAAGGGAAUCAAGCUAAGCGCAAGCCAAAAACCUCAUUAAAAACUCGCAUAGCACCAAACACCAUGACCAGAUCCAAGCGGAAAAAAGAACUGGAGCUGCAGCUGGCCAACAGCAAGGUUCUGCGCAACGAGAAAAUCAUACGGAACUCAACGACAAAGAUCAAGCGCAAAUAUGUGCGCAAACUGGUGCCCGAUGCCAAGAAGGAAAUGAUGAUCACGCGUCUGCGCAACAAGCGUGACUCGGUCGUCGAUCUGGCCCAGCUGAAUGGCGGCAAGUUGAAGGGCAAUCCCAAGUCUGGAACGACCAACAACAGCAACAGCAGCAAAGCGAAUCCCUCGCCGCAGCAGCAGCUAUUUCUGGAGGAAUACCGCUAUAAGCUGGCGCUGAAAAUACCCCAACGCUUGAUCUCUAUCAACAAGCUGAACAAGCUGCCGCACGUGGCCGCCUCGUUGCCGGAUCUGGAGCGAGGUCGUCAUCUCACGCAGGAUAUGGCCUGCUUCAAGUCCACCCGAGGCCGCAAGCCGCGCUCCAAGAUGCAGCAACAGCAAUCGCAGCAGCAGCAGAAGUCCACGCCCAAAUCCAUCAUCGAUGUGCUGCAUCUCCGGGUCACCAGCAAUGGCAGCCAGCAGGGCAGCAAGAACGGCGCAUCGCAGCUGUCGAACUGCGCCACGAGCCUGCAAAACUAUAGCGAAACCUCGCAGACCUCCGCCUCGAAUUCGCUGUACGAGCAGGUGCAGGAGACGACGGAGCCCAGUCUGGAGGACAGCACGGGCAAGCGGCACUUUAGCAUCUUCGAUACGAAGGUGCUGCAGAGCAAGACGCGCACGGAAUCCAAGCUGCAGCAGCGUCGCGAAAUCAUACGGGAGAUCUUUGUGGGCACGGAGCGUCCGGCCUCGGCGCCGCCGGAGUGUGCACAGCAACAGGCGGCGGGCGAGGGCGAGGGCGAGGGCUCCACGUUGAGCUACCAACAGUACGAGGACUUUCUGGAGCAAAUGAAUUGCAUUGUUAGCGCCGACAACAACAAGCUGGCCAGGCACAGUCUCAACGAUGAGUCCAAGAAGAAGACAGAUUCGCCCGCCACAACAGCCGCACACUGUCCGCACAAGCGCAAGUAUCUGCGGCGCAAGGGCAGCUCCGGCUUUGACUAUAUACGCAAGAAGAAGCGACCCACGCAUCACCAGAACAACACCAGCACGAGCACCGCCAUCACAAGUGCACCCAAUGCCUCAGCCGGGGAGCAAGCGACGCCCAGCCUUCUGGGCGUCUCCUGCGCGGCCAUGGAUGCGGCGGAGUCGGCGGCGGCAGCAGCAGCAGCAGCUGAUGAACGUCUCGAUGACACGGACAGCACCAUAGCGGGCAGCACCUCCCAUUUGCCGAUCAAGAUCAAAACCGAAAUGGACGUGUACCGGGAGAUACAGAAAUGGGUGCUCAACAAGGGCGUCGGCCAGAGCACCAUGCACAAGGCGGCGCGUCAGGGACUCAUCGAUGUGGUUGUCUAUUGUCUGGAUCGCAUGGGCAUGAAUCCGGAUCUGAAGGACAAUGCCGGCUAUACGCCGCUGCACGAGGCCUGCACCCAGGGUUGGCUGGAGAUUGCCCGGAUUCUGUUGCAGUUCGGUGCCAAUCACUCGGAAGCCGCCCAAUCGGGCAUUCGACCACUGCACGGCGCCAUCGAGAAUGACCACGAGGAGGUGGUACGUCUAUUAUUAUCCUAUGGCGCUGAUCCGUUGCUGGCAACGUACUCAGGUCAAACCCCACUCAUGUUAGCUUCAAGCAAAUUGAUGUGCGGCAUCUUGAGCUCUCACCUCAGCGAUGCACAAAGUGCGGCCGCUGACAUAAAACCAAUGCGAUUUCCGGGACCCUGGCAGAUAUUUGAUAAGAAGGAAAACGGUUUUGAUAUAUUCGAUAAUGUACCGAAUACAGCAUGUGAUAUGAGCAGAGCUCAACCUAGAGGAAGGAGAAGGCAAGAACGCGGACCUGACGACAACGAGCAUCCAGCAAAGCCCAAAACCCACAGCACCAACAACAACAACAACCACAACAACAACAACAACAACAACAAUAUGAACGGACUAGCACGGAAGGGCGGAGAGGAGAGUAAGGAAACAGUUCAACAAAAUGGGGAGAUAAGCGCAAAGACUGCAACAAAUCUUAUAACAACAAUAGCAACGGCAACAAAAUCGGAAACAACGACGACAACGGUGAAAAUGGAGCCUGGUGCGGGCUUUGAGGAUACAAAUAACAACAAAAACAAUGAUAUUAACGUUGAGCAAAAUGUAACGAAUGUUGUGAAUGGCAAGAAUGAGGUUAAACGGGAACCACAAGAUGAGGACGAGAAUUUGAAUAUGAAUGUGAAGCAUAACGAGUUAAAUCAACACAAUGAUCGCAUUGAUAACAUUAAUGAUAAUGAUAAUGAUAAUGAUGAUGACGACGACGACGACGAGGAGACGUUGGCGGACGAAUUGAACGGUGAUAUUUUUAAAUUUGAAGAGGCGGAUGUGCCCUUGCCACCACUGUACUUGCUCAAAGACGAGGGCAGUGAUAAAUGGGUACUCUUAAAUGAUUUGUGCAAUUUACUUAAGGUUAAAUCAAAGGAUACGCUGCUUAACAAGAUCUGUCCGAAUGGCCAGGCCCUGGCCAGCACACAGAAGCAGCUCCUGAGGGAGUUCAAAAUUGAUGACUUCCUGGAGCAGGCGACCUGCCUGCAGCUGCUGUGCGCCGGCGAGAAGCUGAACAUGUUCAGCUCCUCGAAGGUUGUGCUCAUCAGAUACAACGACAGCGUCAAGAAUUUGUUGGGCGUUAAAACAAUUUUAAUGAAAUUUUAGAACGAAAACGUCGUGAAUUUUAAGGCAUUAGAUAAUACAUGAUAAUGCACUAACUAUUAGAGUGUGUGCAUGUAUAUAUAUAUAAAUAAUACUAAUAGUAUAGAAUUUAUAUAUAUAUAUAUAUAUAUUUUAGCCGAUAAUUUUAGUGGUCAGUUUUACGUCUUUGUCUUUGGAAGACAGUCUUUUAUAAAAACAAUUAGAACUAAGUGCAAAGUGAUACAAAGGUGCUAUACCCACACAUUCAAAAAAGGACAGAAUAUUAUAAAAAAGAUGAAGGACAAACAAGAAACGAGAAAUAAGCAACGCAAAUCGGUCGAUGCCAAGUUUUGGCAGUCGGAGGAGAGCACCCGAUAAAUCAGCUAAUCGAAAUCUAAUAUACCUAGGCCUAAUUGUGUAAUGUAAUCUAUGGUUUUUAACGAAACAAGCUAGCAAAAAAAAGAAAACAAAACAAAAUAAUUUAGUUAUUAAUUAAUGAAAAUAUAAAAUAAUAGUCUUAAGUAAAGCAA